CCAGCAGAAGGGGGAUUUGCGUUUACCAAGUGAACAUCUAUAGCAUCGUUCUCUAGGUGGCGUUUCGCACUUUUAUUUCGGAAAGGGAAUUACAAUACAACAAUGUUUUGACGAAGAGUCUUCCCAACGCUUCUAUCAUCCACUUAGCGGUUCUUAGGCAUCAGCGAAACAUUCUCUCGCAUCAGCAGAAACGUCGGAAGCUCCUCAAGCUUGUUCCUCUUUUCGUUGUUUCUUCCUCUUGCACGGCGUAUAGAUACCAGGGGAGGACACUUUUGCUGCCACGUCGCUUUUUGGUGCUGGUUUUUUAUUUUUAUUUUUUUAAUUCACGAGAUGAACUAAUCGGUGUCUUGAUUAUUGAGGUGACGUCAUAAAGGCCUGGAUGAGAGUUGGUCUCUAACGAACUACCGCUACUUCCAAACACAUUCAGAAUGAUGGUAGAAUGGGGCAAGGUGUCGAUACGGUCGUCUUCCAACAACAAGUUGCUCGGGGUUGCUGUGGCGGUGUUGCUGCUGUGUGUCUGUGUGGCAGCGGGACAGAGCUGGCAUUGUGGUAGGGCAGCGCAGACCAUCAUGGGCAUGUGUAACAGCUGCUACGCCUCACACGACAAAAGAAGUAUUUCGAAACCCUCUUAUACACCAGCAAAGCCUUUCCUACACAAACGAAAUGCAGUGCACUUUCUCAGAACGACAAAACGAGAAAUUGAAAGUCGGCCCUCUAUGGGUGACACGGCGAUUGAGGUGGCGGUGGAGCGGAGGUCAACGGGUAACCGCGGUUUUAUCCACGAGUGCUGCAACAAGUUCUGCGAUCCGGGGGAAAUGGUGUUGUACUGCUGCGAGAAACGGCAAAUAGAAUGGGCGCAAUUUCACAACCUGUUAAAAGCAUAGCACGUGUUAUAUGUAGUAAACAACAACAGCAGCAGCAACAUAAUCACCAUCACCAUCAACAACAACAAC